CGUGUGCGGCUGCUGCGAGGUGUGCGGCGCUCCCGAGGGCGCGGCGUGCGGCCUGCAGGAGGGACCGUGCGGCGAGGGGCUGCAGUGCGUGGUGCCCUUCGGGGUGCCAGCCUCGGCCACCGUGCGGCGGCGCGCGCAGUCCGGCAUCUGCGUGUGCACCAGCACCGAGCCAGUGUGCGGCAGCGACGCCAACACCUACGCUAACCUGUGCCAGCUGCGCGCCGCCAGCCGCCGCUCCGAGAGGCUGCACCAGCCGCCGGUUAUCGUCCUGCAGCGCGGCGCCUGUGGCCGAGGGCAGGAAGAUCCUAACAGUUUGCGCCAUAAAUAUAACUUUAUUGCUGACGUCGUGGAGAAGAUUGCUCCUGCUGUGGUUCACAUCGAGUUGUUUCGCAAGCUGCCUUUUUCUAAGAGGGAAGUUCCAGUGGCUAGUGGGUCUGGGUUCAUCGUGUCAGAAGAUGGACUGAUUGUGACGAAUGCCCAUGUAGUAACCAACAAGCACCGGGUCAAAGUUGAGCUGAAGAAUGGAACCAUCCAUGAAGCCAAAAUCAAGGAUGUGGAUGAAAAGGCAGACAUUGCACUUAUCAAAAUUGACCACCAGGAAAAGCUGCCUGUCCUGCUGCUCGGCCGCUCCUCGGAGCUGCGGCCUGGAGAGUUUGUGGUCGCCAUUGGAAGUCCAUUUUCCCUUCAAAACACAGUCACCACUGGGAUCGUCAGCACCACCCAGCGAGGUGGCAAAGAACUUGGGCUCCGGAACUCAGACAUGGACUACAUCCAGACAGAUGCCAUCAUCAACUAUGGAAACUCUGGAGGUCCCUUAGUAAACCUGGAUGGUGAAGUGAUUGGAAUCAACACUUUGAAGGUGACAGCAGGAAUCUCUUUCGCAAUCCCUUCUGAUAAGAUUAAAAAAUUCCUAACUGAGUCUCAUGAUCGGCAGGCGAAAGGCAAAGCCAUCACCAAGAAGAAGUAUAUUGGUAUCCGAAUGAUGUCUCUCACAUCCAGCAAAGCCAAAGAGCUGAAAGAUCGCCACCGAGACUUUCCAGAUGUGCUUUCAGGAGCAUAUAUCAUCGAAGUAAUUCCUGACACCCCAGCAGAAGCUGGUGGUCUCAAGGAAAAUGAUGUCAUAAUCAGCAUCAAUGGACAGUCGGUGAUGUCUGCCAAUGACGUCAGUGACGUCAUAAAAAAGGAAAGCACCCUGAACAUGGUUGUCCGCAGGGGCAAUGAAGAUAUCAUGAUUACAGUGAUUCCUGAAGAAAUUGACCCAUAGGCAGAGGCAUGAGCUGGAUUUCAUGUUUCCCUGAGACUCUCCCGUGGACAAUGCAUGAGAACUCUGGGCUGCUGGCAGAGGACACCCAGGACUUUUGGCCGCCAUUUUGCUCAUUCGGUGGAAACGCCCUGGCCAACAGAAGCCUUCUUGAUAGUUUGCAGGCAAAACCAGUGUAAUGUUGCCGAUGUGCAGGCAGAAGCUCCGCCCUACUGUACCCUAUGUAUGCAGCGCGCUUUUUCUUGCCAGCUUGGGCUGUUCCUGCUUAGUCCACAUUUGUCUCCUUUAACUGAGUCAUGAUGCUAGUCCAACUAAUGCAUUUGAUACAAUGCAUAAGUAACAGGAAGCUCUGGGAGCCAGAAUGGUCCUAGGCCUGUUUAUGCUUUGCUCCAAGUCAGUGCCCAGAGGAGGCCGAUGCACCGAGACCACGAAUGGGUGAACGAUGGCUUUCGAGAAGGCCAAAGUUGCCUCUUUUAGGAUUCUCUUUGGAACGGGAAGUAUGACCUUGAGUUUGAACUAUUAAAAUAUUUCUUCAUACA